AUGGUUCCCUCCGAAACCCCGCAGAAGCUCCGUAUUGCCAUCGCUGGCUCAGGCUUCGGUGGUCUUUUGCUCGCAAUCUUCCUGCAAAAGUACUGCCCCGACCACGAGAUCGACAUAUACGAAGCCGCCCACGAAUUCGGCGGGAUUGGAGCCGGCGUCGCCGUGUGGCCUCGCUUCUGGCAAGUGCUCAGGUACAUCGGCUUGGAGGACCAGCUGCUCGAGGCGACUGGCACUCUGAACAAGGAAGUGUUCACCUUCCACCGGUCUCAGCUCCACAAGGUCCUCGUGGACAACGUCAAGGACAAGGACAAGAUCGUUCACUUUUCCAAACGCCUUGUCUCCUACUCCGAGCCCGCCUCCGUUGAUGAACCGAUCACGCUCACCUUCAAAGACGGUACCACGGCGACCUGCGACCUGCUUCUCGGAAGCGACGGCAUUCGGUCUGCGGUUCGACACACCAUGUACACCGAGCUCGCGAACGAAGCCGAGGGCGCCCGUGCGGAAGAGCUGCGGGAGAUGAUCGAUCCUGUCUGGUCCGGGGUGGUUGUGUACCGCGGCCUUGUGCCCGUAGAUCAGCUCCAAAACACCAAGCUGGACCUCGGACACGUCGCGAUAAUUUACGCAGGCAAACACAAGUACCUCACCUCCUACGCGGUCUCGCGCGGAGAAUUUAUCAAUGUGGCCGCACUCGUCGGGAUCCCUGAUGGGGAAGGGAAGCCGUACGAAGGCCCGUGGAGUGCUCCAGUGACGCAAGAGGAGGUCGCUGCGCAAUAUGCGACUUGGGACUCUGACGUGCAACAGCUCGUCAAGCACAUCGAGAAGCCGUCCAUCUGGGCGGUGAACACGGUUCGCUACCUGCCGACCUACGUGAAAGGCCGCGUCGCGCUUCUCGGGGAUGCGGACGGUUUCAUUCUCGCGACGAUCCUCUCCCAGCCCGGGGUCUCGCGCGCGACGCUGCCCGAAGCGCUCGAGGUCUACGACGCCCUCCGUCGGCCGGUCUCGCAGGACGUCCACCGGCGCUCGCGCCAGACGGGGCACACGAUCAACCUCGAGCGCGCGGGGUGGGAGAACGUGAGCGCGGCGGAGAGCGCGCGGGGCGGGUUCCCGAAGGAGAUGCUCGACCGGGUCGGGGCGGCGAUCGAGGAGGAGAUGGCGUGGGUGGGGGCGUCGAGCAUCAUGGACGACCAUGCGCGGGCGUGCGAGAUGGUCAGAGAGAGGUUGGUGUAG